UAAUUUUCGAAAAUGUCAGUUUACAGGUUGUACUCACAAGCAUAAUGGUUUCUAAAAGUGUAUUGGUUUUGCUGUGCUCUUUAGCAGUGGCUAAUUGCUUUGAUUUUAACGGAAUCACCUUUGGACCUUUAAAUGAUCUAUUACCUAGUUUGAACUUUUUCCCAAUAGAUUAUUUAUUAGGCUGUAAGGAUCUCUCGAGCGGUUCCAUCACAAAUGGAGAAGUUAUUAAUAUAAUCGACAACAGUCAUUUGGUUUGGUUAUUUUUUCCUAUUAAUGGAACCCAUGGAUAUGCUUGCUCUGGAACGUUAAUAGGGCAAACAACUGUAUUAACUGCGGCUCAUUGCGUACAAGUGAAAACAAAGGGACAGCCUAUUCAAAUCUAUAUACUAGCCCAGGAUCUUUCAAAAUUAUCAACCGAUACAACUUACAUCUAUAGAGAAGAAUCUUUUUCCACUUAUGACAAACGUUAUGAUGAUGACAAUGCUCACGAUGCCGGAAUCAUUACAUUUUCAACACCUGUAACCACAGCAACACCAAUUGUACUCAAUAAAGAUUGUUAUUUCCCAACCGGAACCAAAGUUCAACCUCAGGGAUAUGGAAAAGCAUCGGACAAUGCUACCACAAUUUCAAAAAAUCCACGCGAAGUAACGACAAGCAUUAUGGAUUACAAAAUAUGUAACACCAUAUAUUUGAACUCUCUUUAUCCAAACAAUUUGUGUACUUGUGGACUCAGCAACGAAAAUAUUUGUGGGGGUGAUAGCGGUGGACCUCUACUCCUAAAUAGAGAACAGAUUGGUAUAAAUUCCUUUGGAAGCAUAUUCGGUUGUGAAGCAUACCACCCUUCAGGGUAUACCAACAUCUGCGAUGUUUAUGAUUUUAUUGAGCCAUAUCUUGAUGCAUAAAUUAACAUAUUAUAUUUAUUAAAUUAUUGAGCAUUAUUGUAA